AUGGACCCAGAAGUGAAGCCCGGCACCCUCCUCACGGGGUUCCAAAUCCUUUGUUCUCCUCUCCCCGAACUCCUUUCUCGGACAGGCUUUCAAACAUCUUCAACGGCUUACCAUAGGAUGUAUUACAAUGGACCAUUAGCUCUAUGGCCCAUCGAAUCCGAGGCUCGCGAAAUCGUCUCUAGAAAGAAUUUGAACACAGACCAUUUGUCCGCCAGCGUGCGAGAUGUAUCAAAGCACCCUUGCUUUAUUGACUGUGAGCAUGCUCUCUGUGACGACGAACUCUCUGCCUGCAACGACAGUGUCGAUGACCCCGGCGAUGGCGAUAGCGAUGACAGUACUUCCGAUGAUGACUCGGAUGAUGACCACGAUGAUAGCGCACAUGUACCCAAAGCUUCCACGGCCCGGAUUCCAGCGCUCAAUGUUCGCAAUACGUGGUCAUCUCGUUUAGGAACAAAUGAUCUGAAGAAGCCCUCUGGCCUGAUGGAUAGAUUCAAAGCAAUCACGGCUCCGAGUCCAGGCGCGGAUCGUUCCGAUCCAGUGGCGCCACUCACCGUUUGA